AUCUAUGAGGAGGAAAUGAAGUCUUGAAUUCUUCAUUCUACGAGUAACUUGACAUUAUGAACAGUUUUAGAACAUUGGAAACCUUCACGUGUGAUUUUAGUUAGUAAAAAACCUAUUUUGAAAACUUAGGUCGCCCUGGAUGUUUUAGACGAAAUACUUCUUCAAAAAUGUAUACAAGACAAAAUAGUUCAUUAUUAAUGUAGCAUUAUUUUUAAUUAUUGUCACAAUUUUUGUUUAAUAUGACAAGAGGGCGUCGCACUCUUUUAAAAUUGGAAAUUUUUCUUGGCACUUUACGGAGAUCCCAGCAUUUAUUCGUUGUCAAGGAAAUAUAUAAAUAGAAUAACCUUUCAAUGCUUCGGCGGUAGCUAAAUGUAUACGCCAAUGUCUAUUAUAAAGCGCAAUCAGGUUUUUUCUACCAAGUCACGUAAAACUACGUCACAGAAAUGCAAUACUACUGUUUAUUGGCCAGGAGAAAUUUCAUUGCUUAUGUUUAUAAACGAGGUUGAUUCUUUUGAAACUGCAUAAGAAAUGGAAAGUGGGAGGUGGAUCGUACGGUCUGCAAUGUUAUUCGUGUUCAGGAGACAACUGCAACGAUCACAGUAAAAUGGAGGAAUGGAAAAAAGUAACAUGCGGAAAAAGCACCGAUCCCAAACAGGAGCCGGCUUGCGUGAAACACGCCUACAAAGAUAAGGCUGACAAAGAGAUGGUAGAAAGGGCGUGUCACCUGGUGCCCAUCUCCGGAGAGUACACCUGCACUAGGAUUGGUGACACCACCACUGUGACCUGUACAACCUGCAAAGCUGACCUUUGCAACUCAGCCCAGAAAGUCAACUUCAAUAUUGUGGCAAUUUCUGGAGUAAUCUGCAGUUUCCUUCUCACGAAGCUGUUUUUGUGAAAUUAUGGUGAUACCUUUAUAAUUUAGGUCCUAAGUUAGGUUUAUGUGUAAAUUUAUUGAAUUGUUAAUGUUCUACUUAUAAUUAUUUGAUAUUUGGUUUUUCUGUUCAAAUAUACAUCCCAUUUAUAUAGUUUAAUUAAAUUGUUGUUAAACUAAAAUAAGUUCGUUUACUACUUAUAGUUAAUUUGUAUUUUGUUUUUUUUUCAAAUAUACAUCCCAUUUAUAUAGUUUAAUUAAAUUGUUGUUACUCUAAAAUACGUACAUUUAUUAAUUGUGACAAGACGAAUCCAGUCAUCAAAACCUGAGAAAGUAACCGCUUUUGUAAGGCAAAUUUAAACGAGAAUAGAUUUCCAAAUAACUGAAAUACUAGUUAUUUUGAACAAAUAUCGAAAUAUAACUGUAAAAUGUAGAUAUUCAGUUGUAAUGUGCAUGUAAGUUUUCUAUCGAUGCAGAAUUUUGCCCCAGGGAUGACACAAUUUCUGAAAACCCAAAAGACAAAGAUUCCACUCUAGUCUAUAUCUAUUAUUAUACUACUGGUGGCGGCAUGUAAACAUUUCUUCUCGUUUUUCUAUCGCUCUUCUUUUAUAAAAGCAAUGCUCUUACCAAACACUGAUUGAUUGAAUCAUUACUGAAAUGCUCCUCCCCUCACAUUUCAAAUCCGUGUUGGGUCUCGAACACCACGAACGUGCAUUUUUAAGAAGUACUAGUAGUGGCCUAGGUAUUCUUAAAAGUCGAUACCUCGCGGAAAACAUAUCAGCUAAGGUGGGUGAUCACACUCUUUGUAACGCGAGUUAUUGAAAAGUUGAUUUGUUGGCUUCGGUUGUAGACGCUAAAACUAUAAUGCGAGCUAACAGCAUACGUACGUUUCCCAGUAAAUAAACAAUUAUUUCCUCUGAAAUAAACUAUUACUUUAUUUUCAUUUUAGGUAAUGUAUCGGUAGUGUUCCUAGGAAAGUCAACGGCUACUUGUGAGGCCGAUCAAAAAAUUGACAGGUGGCCUUGCUAGGGCGAAGUGCCUUAUUAGGAAUAUUUGAGAAUCUCGAAAGUUUUUACUUGUAGGGGAAAGUGGGGUGUACUGGUUUUAUUAAUCUGUCUAGAGGGUGGCAGCGGUCGUCGGAACAUUAGUGGUUAGAAGAUGUUUACCUCGGGAGGGGGGUUACGGCUAUGAAAAAUUAAAGAGCGGGGGAGAGGGGUGGCAGCUACAUGCUUAAGUACGUAACUAGCGCUUCUGAGAGCAAAUGCCCAUGUAACAAUUAGUGACAAUUUAAGAACGGGAGUAGGAUACAUCUAGGCGGGUCUCAUGUUUCACGACCCAGUCCUAGCAAGGUAAUUUUCACACCAUGUGCGUAAUUUGUAUGUAGUUGAAGUCAUAUAGGCAGCUAUUUUUAUUACAAAGUUAGUUUUAAGUCAUUCACUAUAUCGGCUUUGUAUGGAGCUUUGUAACUGCAACGCCUUUUAAAAGAGCUUAAUAAAACUUGAAUUCAAUGAA